AUGGCGCCCUUAUCAAGGCUGUAUUUAUUGGCAAGUCUUGCAUGCACGAUAGCUGGCAGCGAUGCCGUCAAUCAACCAUCAUGCGCCAAUGCUUCUCAAUCGCUGUCUUUGAGCGAUCCUCCUUACGAGAACUACUUCUACUCAGACUGCAACGUGGCCGCCCAGGCAGUCGUCACCAGCCCGCUGCCAGAAAGCAACCUCUCAAUAAUCGGUCCUCGAUUGAUUGUCGCGUGGCCCGCUGGCAACAGUGGCGCCUGCGCAUACUUCUCGCCGCAGAAUGGUGUCAAUGGAACUCUCGGUAUUGAGCUGGUCAAUUCCACCGCCGGAAACCCACUGGGUCCAACAUACAGCGCGUCACAAAACGGGAGCGGGCCGCCCAAUGUCGGCGUGCAGGCCCUCAUGCGCUUCAAUUCCUCUGCAACUCUCACUCUCUCUAUCCUGGGAAGUAUCCGCACGAUCCGCGAUUUCGUCGAGGGUGAUGGUAUCCUCUACCCCCAGAUACAGGAUGCUAUCACGUACACAUCCAACGACGACGGCAGUGUCAUGCUUCAGCGGCGGUGGCUGGACAAUGUCACCACCACCAGCCUUCAUUUCACCCCGAAUUCCUCGGGAAGCGCGGUGAUCGUGUCGGGGCGGACUGUGAACUUCACCGCAGGCGACUACGUCGUCUCAGCUGAGAUGAACUACCCCCAAUUGAGACAGCUGCCACCUGGCGAGGUGCUGAACUCGGAUUCGGCGGGCCUUAUUACAAAGAUGCCCGACCAGACUGCUACGCUCUCAUUCUUAUCAUACUCGGAGAAACUCCUUGCUGGUGCUUGGCGAUUCCUCACGUACUUUGGGCGCGAUUCGAUGAUAUCGGCGCUGUUGAUGCAGCCUGUACUGAGCUCUACUGCUAUGGAGGCCGUGAUCGGUGCUGUUCUGGAACGAGUUAACCGGACUGAUGGCAGUGUUUGUCACGAGGAAUCGAUUGGUGACUACGCGACUUGGCUUAAUAUGGAGGAGAACAUAACCAGUAACGCUAUGGUUUGCGAUUACAAUAUGGUCGACUCGGAAUACUUCCUCCCCAUCCUGAUGCAGCGAUAUCUUUUGCAGAACCCAGCUGGACAGCGUCAAACUGCUGCCUUCCUUAACACCUCGGCUGGUACUAUCAACGCGGCAAACAAGGGCUUGACCUGGGGAGAACUGGCCCUGACAAAUGCAGAGAGGAUCAUACGUCUUGCUGGUCCUUUCUAUCACAAUCAGACGAAGGACAAUCUGAUUCAUCUCAAAGAGGGACAGAUUGUCGGAGAAUGGAGAGAUAGCACUUACGGUCUCGGGGGAGGACGCAUUCCUUACGAUGUGAACACAGCUCUCGUCCCCGCUGCUUUACGGUCCAUUGCAGCGCUAUCCAGCAAAGGCCAUUUCCCCAAGCACCGUAAUUGGUCUAAGCUGGCCGACACAUACGCACGAACCUGGGAAGACAAGACCCUCCCCUUCUUCGAAGUGACGAUUCCCCAAACCCAAGCAAAGUCCAUGGUGUCAUCCUACAAGAAUGCUUCCUCGUUCGCGGGCCCAGACCAGGCCAACACAAUCGACACCGACAUCGUCUUCCACGCCCUUUCCCUCGACGGCCACGACAAUCUCACCAAGGUCGAAGUCAUGAACACCGACGACUGCUUCCGCCAUUUCCUCCUCAACACCACCAACGAUGCCCAAUUAACCCCGUUCCUUAACAACUCCGCCUCAAACAUCCGCCGCACCUUCCCCGCCGGCCUGAUGACCUCUGCCGGAAUGGUCGUCGCGAACCCGGCUUUUGGCGAGGACCCGGUGUACGCGCAGAACUUCACAACAGGCGCCUACCACGGAACCGUGGUCUGGGGGUGGCAGCUCGCCAUGAUGGCCAGGGGUCUAGAACAGCAGCUGGGACGAUGCGAAGGUGUCUCUAACGCUAACUCUAACGCAACAGCUCCAGCUCCAGCUCCCGCGUUCUGUGGCGAUGCCUCGGUUUAUGAGAAUGCCAGGACGGCUUAUAAUACGCUUUGGGAUACGAUUGAGAAGAACACGGCGCAGCUGUCGCAGGAGGUCUGGUCGUGGGUUUACUCGGAGGGAGAGUUCCAUGCUACGCCUUUGGGUGUGUUGCCGCCUCCCCCGGGGGUUGGGAGUCAAACUGAAUCGAAUAUUAGACAGCUGUGGUCUCUGUCCUUCCUGGCAGUGAAUAGGAAUAAGGCUUAUCAAUGA